AUGGAGAUUGAGAAUAAGGGACGUGCAACAUACGUGUCUUAUUUGUGCCGCUUCAUGUUAGUUGCGAUGCGAUCAAGACGAAGACUUGGUCGAAUCGUCACGAUGGACGAUGCGAUCUUUUCGUCCGGUAUACUGCUAUCGUUCUUCGAAACAAUACAAAAAGCCAAGGUCCCAGUAACAACCAGGAAGGGGUUUAUUAAAGCGUUAAGCACAUGGUACCACUUUUUGCUGCUUGUCCUCAAUACUGGUAUGGGACAGCAACGUUUGGCUGAAGUGGAGCAGGCAAGAUAUCGUGUGAAAGAUAUUUUGGAUAGGAUGAAAGGAGAGGAAAAAAUCCAAGUUUCUUUUCGUGGAGUGUUGCCAAGAAGACAACGAAAAGCAGAGACGUUGUACUGUGUAGUUCGCAUGAUCGUAACUCACAACCGAGUGCUCAAUGCGAUGAGGGAGAUAUACAGCGAAUUCGCCGACACUCAUAACCUAGAGCGAAGAGAAUACAACUAUUUUAUGGGAGCUCUUAUGGCGUACAUUGUGCACUGCAAUACUGCGAGGAACGAGUGCAUCUACAAGAUGAUGUACGGCUCUAUAUAUCCUCCGUCCGACCGUGAGCCGUCAGAAACUGGGCUUCAGAAGAAAUCGAUAACGAGAAGAGAUGGUGUAAUGGAAGAUUAUUGGGUUGGCGUGUACGGGAAAGGAAAGACAGCGGAAAGAAUACGCGAAGAAAGCACCUAUCGAGGGAAUUUUUUCGUCAUCGAUGAGGUGUCGCGGUUGUUGGUUGAAAUGUACACCAGAAUGCGUGAAUGGGUAGCUGAACGUAAUGAAAUCCGUCUAGCAAGUAUUAAACAACCCGAUUCACCGUUCUUCCUUAGUUGGUUCGGUCGAGCAGUGUCGCGAUCGAUGGUCCCAAGACUAAUGAGGAGAUUUUUUACAAAUUCUGGUUGUGAUAGCCUAAAUAUCUCCUGUAACACGUCAAGACAUCAGACAGCCAGGUUGCAAUACGAACGAUACUUGGAGAAAUCGUAUCGAAAUCAACAAAUGCCAGGUGUAGAUACGGAAUGUGCUAUUCUAGCAGGUCACAAACCGUUAACUCAACUACUGAACUAUAACGAUAGCUACAUCUCUGCCUGUGCGAUAGCUUACAGUCGCCUAAAGAAGUAUGCGGAUCGUGAAGCAAGGAAAAAUGCGGAUAUCAUCGAAAGAGUGAGGUCAAUGGUGAAGAUCGUGAACUUGAAGGAAGAGUUGACGCGUGAACAGGAAGAAGCUGAAAUAGGCGAGGAUCUAGAAACACCUGAAAGUGUGGCGGCGGCAACGGCAGCAGCAGUAACAGACGACGGCGAAACAACGUCACUGUCUUCAGCCGAGGGAAGUGAUUAUGAAGCAACAGCUGUAUCUGCAAGAGAACACACUCGCAGCACAUCACCACAAUUGUUGAGAAGAUCUGCGCGACAACAGAAGCGAAUGCGAAAAGAUCCAUACACGUUUGAAGUUGAAACGGAAGGAGUAGGAGAAGCAGGAGCACUUGAGAGAAGCAGCUCUUCAUCCACUGCUUCCUCUUCACCAUUGGUGCGACGAAGAAAAUAUCCACCAGUGAAAGGGGAAAGUAGUAGCAGCGCGCAGCUAUCCGCCGGCGGUGAUUACAGGAUCGAUGAGGAACCAGUAUCAAUGCUUGUGGAUCCAGACGAACUGGCGUUCGAAAGUGUGGAGCCCAGUGCAGCCGAGCUCGGCGAGGACGCAGCUCGACGAGAUCAGUUAAGAAAGACGUGUAGGAGGACGGACACCGAGUUUGUUGCAGAGAAGCCGGUUAAACGUAUAGUAAUCGACGACGAAGACGACGAGGAGGACGACGACGAUGAGAAAGAGGAGUAUGAAACCGGGACUGAUAGCCGAGUCACUGACGAUCGUCGAACAUUUGCUUCGCCUUCCUCACUGCUGCCAUCACCACCCGAAGUCGGACCUGUGAAAUCCGACGAUGGUGGCGACGGCAGCGGCAGCAAUGGCGGUGAUGACAGUGGUGAUAGCAGCAACUCGACAUCCGAUAGACUUGUAAUUGUCGAUGAGCCAGCAAAAGGAACAGCGCCACCAACAUCAUCAACGCCACAAUCAUUAGCCAUAACAGCAGCGGCGGCGAACUCACAACUCACUGAGUCCACACAACGGCAAGAAAUGGUAGACGUUGUUACCGUGCGGUUGCAGCAAUUAAACGCUACUGAAUACACGGGCGGUCUAACGUCGUUCUCAACGGAUUUCGAACGAAGGGAUUUCUUGCGACGAAGGCAGCAAGACUUUCCAUGGGUAGAAAUAAGAGAAAUUCCUAGUAUUGGUGGAAGAGGAGUGUUCGCCAAAGUCCCAAUCCCAAAGGAUUCCGUUGUCUGUGACUACCGUGGACUGGUGAAAAAUUUAAAAGAAGUCGACGAGAUGCUUACGACAUUGACAACCGAGCGACGGAAAUAUGUAGAGGCGUAUUUAGUGCAAUAUACAGUUCGUGAAUCUGGAAAAAUGUACCAGCACGCAAUACUCGCUCAUGAGCCAACGUACAAAGGAACAGUUACUAUUGGAAGGCUUUUGAAUCACAGUUCGAAACAUCCCAAUUUAGCGAAUCACGUUUAUACGACGCUCAUCGAAGGAAGGCUCGAUUCAAUGGUGUACUUUAGAGCGAUACGAGAGAUCAAGGUAGGCGAACAGCUGCUGUGGGAUUACGGAAAGCAGUACAAUAAAGAGUUUUUGCGGAAGAAAUGUAUCUGUAAUGUGUGCGAUCCACAGCUAGUCGAAGAGUCAACCGCUUGCCUCAAGCCAUUAACAACCACGGAAGUGGCCACCGCCAAACUUGAAGCGAAGGCAGAGCCGUGGAGUGGUGAUCCAUCGUUGUCCCAGCAAGUGUUCGGAUCUGCACUACGCCGUGCACCCUUCGGUGUUCGUGAUCUGUUGUUAUCGGCGGCACGUAAAGCAGGAGCUGGAGGUUUUCUUCUCGAAGACGUAGGAGGCGAUGCGUUUACAGCAUACGCACGGAGCCGAAAUGUGGUGUUUGGUGUGUCAGGGGAAGAACACUUCACUGCUGACAUAACGGUACCACCAGAUUGCACAAACAAUCUUUGUCGUAUGUUGUUGGCUGCAUACAAGGACGCGUACAGACGGAGAAACGCAGUGAUUCUAAUCCUGAAACGUAUGGAUCGCGAUCGUCACCCAGCUGUAUUACUGCUCGGUCCUCGCCUGCCCGUAUCGUCGAAACAGCGCUACAGUUGUUGCCUCGCCUACGUUGGACAUAAUGACAAAGUGUACCCUGUGAAACGGCAGACAAUCGGAACGAGUUCACGGCAACCGAUAGAUGCCGAGUACAGAGCUGGAACAUUGCUACACUUUCCUACUCUUUCCGAUUUCCCGCCCUUAUCGGUGUUGCUGGCAAGAUGGUAUCCUCCAUCCGCCUCCCUAUGCACCCAUACUCAACCGGUCGCAUACGACUAUGAUCAGCGUCAUCGAGAACCCCCACCGAACAAAUCUCGUCGAAAUCCGACCAUUCCGAGUGAUACGGAUAAGCUAUAG